GCACCGCCCAGCCCCGCACCCCCGGCCUCCGGCAGCGGAGGCAGGAUGGUGCCGGCGCCCCGCAGCACUUCGCCCCCGGCCGUGGCGCUGCAGAACGGCCUGAGUGAGGAGGAGGCGCUGCAGCGAGCCCUGGCCAUGUCCCUGGCGGAGGCGGCCCCCGGUUCAGCGCAGGCCCCAAGCAGCACGCAGGAGGACGAGGACCUGGCACUGGCCCAGGCGCUGUCGGCCAGCGAGGAGGAGUACCGGCGGCAGCAGCAGCAGGGCCAGAGCCGGACCUCGAAGCCAUCCAACUGCAGCAUGUCGUAGAGCCGCGGCGGACAGAGCUGCGGGACCCCGGUCCGAGCAGUGACGGGGCUCCCUCCCCCCUUUCAGGGCUAUAAACACAUGACCAAAGGCUGCCGGUGCCUGGCACCAAGGUUGGCGUCAUUGCUGCGCCGGCACCUGGGGCUGUGAACACGGACCAGCCCCCUGUAGCCGGUGCCCAGCCCGCCUGGGCUCCAGUCCACAGUGCAGGGCCUUGUCCAGCCUGACGCAAGGCCUGGGGGCUUUUGGACUUGCUGAGCUGGGGCCCUGGCCUGUCUCCCAGGGGUGCCCCCCACCCACGUACUACAGCACUGCCCGGGCUGGGGCACGACAGGCCUGUGGCCUUGUCAGACUUGGUGCUGGACCUGGG